AUGUCAAGGACCCUUGCACCUCGAUCCGACAACCCACGUACACCCGUGAUUAUCAUUGGAGCCAUUGCCGGUGGUCUCAUAUUCCUUGCUAUGGCUGGAAGCUUGUUAUACCUCUUUUCGCGCAAGGAACGGGCCCGGAGGCGAAAUGCCCAAGACUCGCCUGUUCAUCCACCAGCCUAUAAGGAGGAGUUAAGCUCGCCAAGAAGUGUCCAACCCCGGCCGCUCUCCUCCUUCGCUCCAGACUACAGUCGCCAAGCGUCUCAAUUGUCUCGGAACGAACAGCCCCCACCGUACCCCACGCUGCCGAUGUACGAUCCGUCACAAUAUCAACCGAUACGGCCAACUUCGAUGGUCGGCGACAGUCGUACUUAUUACCAACCCGGCCCCUCCUCCCGGCUAAGUGCAGUUCACUAUGAUCAUCGGCUGUCGACCUAUCAUUCCAUGUCCUUAACCGGAUCUCCACAUGUGAAUGCAAACACCCGAGAGGCUCGAGAGGAGACUCGAGAACGAGAACCAGAACACCAGGGUCGAGAGAGGAGUCGCUCGGAGCCCCUGCUAGGCCCGAAGCCGAAGCCCCCUAAACCCGUUCUGUCGCGGCUGAUCACCAAUUUCCGUUGA